CGCACCUUCAAUACCGCGGCUGCCUAUCACUGUCUCCUACAACGGGCUUUCUCCAGCUGCGCUCGGUGUGCCGGAGAUGGGUUUUUUUGACAAUGAUGUGCAAGAACUGGCAUCAGGAGGGGGCGGAAGUAGAAGCUCUACAUCUACAUCAUCUCGUCCAGCACCGACAUCUCCUUCAUACAGUGGCUACACCGGGGAACUGAGCGGGGGCACAACUGGUACUAUCACCAGCGGAGCGUCGAGAGCGCAAGAACUACCGUCGAACCCUCCUCCCAACUCCAGCCCGUUCGAGAGCCCUACCCAGCAGAUUUUCCACAACCUCACCCCGAUUUCACGCCAGCUCAAUAAAUUGCGGAAGAAUUUGUCGCAGAUCAGCGGAAUCUACGAAACGAAAAAAGCGAAUUUAACCGACACUGCAACGGAAACCAUCAAAGCUGAUCACGAGUCGGUUUCGGCUGAAGAGCGGAAAGCGGGUAGAAAGGUGCAAGACCUGCGGGCUGCGGAAGCACGAAUCUGCCGAGAAGCCUAUCCUGAGUAAAAACGUACCCACACCAGAGUCAGGAUGGGGAUUUUGCAACACAAACCUAGGAGCUUUGUGAGUCACGCAUGACAAGUUGCACUCUGCAGUGUAGUGCAGGUUAGCAAGUGCAGCCGCAUCACAGAUUCAUCUGCUCACCCUGUUCACAGCAUCACAAAUUCCAAAACACGAUUGAAAAUGGCUCUCAUGGGGAUGCGCAUUACAAGUCUUCCUGUCUUUGCAAAUCUGCAUUACAACUCUGGCGUGGGUACGUUUUUACUCAGGAUAAAGCCGAGAAUGAGUUUUUUCAUGGGCUGUUUCUUCCGAAGAUCACGCAAGUGGAGCGUUGGUUGGGCAUUUCGCCUGGGGAAACAAACGACUGGAUGGGUGUUAUCCUGAGUAAAAACGUCCUCACCCCAGAGUUGUAAUGCUGAUUUCCAAUGACAGGAACAUUUGUGAUGCGCAUACCCAGGGUAGACAUUUCCAGUCGUGUUCUACAAUUUGUAAUGCUGUAAACAGGAUAAGCAGAUGGAUUUGUGACGCGGCUGUCCACGCUAACCUGCACUACAGUACGGACUGAAAUUUGUCAUGCGUGACCACCAAAACUUCUAGGUUUCUGUUGCGAAAUCCCCAUCUUGACUCUGGGGUGGGGACGUUUUUACUCAGAAUAGCUGUUUUGCACGAAAUGGAAAGAGCGAACGCGGAGGAGGAGAUGGCAGCGGAGGCGCAGGUAUGGAUUGCAAAUAUGUCUGGGUCUGGAAGGUUGCAACUUGUGAUGCUGUGUUUGGAUUCCCAAAAAACUUUGUAUUGCAUGACCAGCAACAGGUGUCCAGUUCUUGCUACGUGGGGGGGGCAUUUCUCAUGCGGAAUAGGCAUCAGGAAUCCCUCUAAAAGUCUGUGAUGCUAGGUCGUGCAUUACAGGCAUUCCGGGUCGUCGUCGUGCAAAAUAUGCAUGACAAACCUGGCAAUCUUCCAGACCCAGACGCUUCUACAUUUGAUAGCAGGUAGAAGAGCAAAUAAACUCGGUGUCUGCCGCGAGGGAGCGCGAGGAGCUUGCAGAAGCGCAAGCAUUGGCGCGGACUUUGGACAACCUGCGAAAAGCGGUACGGGAGAGACAGACACUGUUGCAAAGUGCAAUCCAGGAGUGGCUGGGUGCCUGGAAGACGAAGGUUACCGGAGCAAUAGAAACGUGCAAAGCUGCGGUGAUUAAUGCGAGCACAUCCAAGAAUCUUCGAAAUAAAAAUCGUGCGGGUGCUUACUUCUGGCCGCACUUGAUUAGUAACUUCAAGAGGCUCGCCAGCUCGGAAGAUAGUGGGGCAGAUGUUGAGAGAAAACUCCCAGCGGUACUAGAGGAGCGCCAGCUUUUCGAGCGCGUACUGCAGAGGAAUACGCAAGUUGAAAACGCUAUGGGAAAAUUAUCCACGAAACAAGUCGAGCACGAGCGAAGUACCCUCGCCAAGCGAGACCCAAAUGACCCCCGCCCAGAGGAAGAUCGGGAUAAACUUCUGGAGAAGCUUCGGCGCAAGCGGUGGGUACGUAGCAUCGGCAACAAUGCGCUGGAGCGCCUUUUGACAAAUCGCGAACAACGGUGGAAUUCGGUGUACGCAGGGCUGCUGCGCACAGGAGAGUUGUGGGAUCAGUACAACCGCGGCAGGUUGCAUGCUAGGAUGUUGCCGAGGGGCUGGACUGGAGGGGGCCUGGAGCCCGUGAUGAUGUUUUACAACCCUUAUGAACAAUAUGAUGCGGAGGAAGAGCAGCGUCUACGGUGGCCUCCCCGAGAACCACUUUCAGAUGCAACCUACGAGAACGAACUCGUCCCCGAAGAAACCUUCAACUUAUCUCCGUACAGCGAUAUUAGCGGUUCCUUGCCCAGCGCCACGGAACAGAGACUCGCCGCCCGUGCCGCUGUGAUCCACGAAUUUCUCCCGCACAUCAUCCGGGAAGUGCGCGAGCUGAUCCGGCCGAUUAUCGAGAAGCGGACCCAGUGCGAAAGGGCCGAAGAUGAGCGGAGAACAGCGGAGAAAAAGAGGCGGAAGUUGGCGAAAACUGCGUCGGUGAAACGACAGGAAACGGAAUUUGCGCAGGAGAACGCGAAAUUGGAGGUGGAAUUUUAUUAUCAAAUGUAAAAAUGUCUGGGUCUGGAAGAAUGCAUGUUUGUCAUGCUUGUCUGGCAUGACACUUAAAUCUGUCAUGCACGUUGCCCAAGAUCCGCAUUUUUCUGUCAUGCGGAGACGCAAUUUUUCAUGCAGAAUAGGCAACACCUACAAGCGCAGAAAUUUGUCAUGCUGAGCCAGCACUCGUGGCCUCCUCAUGAUACGCCACACAGCAUCACAAGUUUCCAGACCCAGACACUUUUACAUUUGAUAUUUAUGAGAACUUGUUGCAAGACCUGCGAGAAGCGAAGUCGCGGUACCAAGCGGCGCGGCGGGAGUUGCUGAAAGUGAAAGUUCAAGUUGCUGGUCGUGAAAAUAGUAUCAUGUCGACAUCAAGAAGAAGGACCUCUGUUGAGCGGGCGCCGGGCGAAGGAUCAUUAGCACCAGGAGGACUCCUGUCAAGAACUCCGCAGCCGCUGAGCGAGGUUGUAGCCGGCACUACUACAGCAGCGAGCAAUCUUCCGCAAGGUAGACAAGGACCUGCAUUGCAGCCUGUGCUGCAAAGCCAAAGUGGUACAGCUCCGCGGGAGGUCCCCCCGGCAACAUCUUCUACCGAGGGCACGACCGGGAGUCAACGUGGGAGAACCCGCAGUCGCAGUCGCUCUGUGCGCCGGCGUCGUAGUCGAGGUAGAAGCCCAUCAAGUCCGGCUGUUCAUCGUGGUGAUCACUCGCAGCAGUUAGUAGAGCUGCAAGAAAAAGAUCGAGUUGUACUACACCAAUCAGAAGACUUCCCUUCUGCCUCGAUUGACACAACUAUCGCUGAGAGGCUCACCCGGGGGUUGUGGCGCGUUUUCUUUCAAUCACUUGAACGAGACGCCGGUUCUUCUUCUACGAGGGGAAAAAGAAAAACGAAAGACGAGACAGUAGGAAAGAUAAACACUUCAUUUCUCCUGUGGCAGGGCCUGGAGUUGAUUUCGAAGCUACGUUUUCAAGAAGUCAGGAAAACCGAAGUUGAACAAAGGGGAAAAGAAUUCAUUCACUCGUCCGCGGGGGGAAGAAAUACCCCUACCGGAGCCCCUGCCAGUACAGAUGAAGUACAAGAAAUGGAAGUUGACGAUGACGCCGAUGAAGCAGACAAAGACCAGCUUCUUCAAGAGAAGAAAAGAUCAUGGAAGAACCACCACGCCAAACCGUUCCUCGAGUUUAUGCGACCUUAUUUGAACUCUGCUCUUCAACUAGCUUCCGUCGGCACGGGAGUUUUGGGGGAGGGCAGUUUGACACUUUCAGGAGUAUUCGACUUCUAGAUGACAUUUUUAGAAAGUAGAAAACGAGGUAGAAGAAGAUUUCACAUUGCAAGUAUUAAAAUCAUCACCUUCAGCACGUUUUCAAUUACGGUGUACUCACUUUUGCUUCUUGUUGUCCUUAGCUUCUGCGCAGAAGAGGUCGAUGUAGAGCAGAGGUGAAGAUCAUCUUUGUAUACAGAGCGGUCGCCCUGAGUGAUGAUCCGCUGCAUUGAACCGACCCUCCUGUGGCUAUUCGCAAAUUGAACAGACACAGAUUUAUACUUCAUCGUGGUGAACAAGAUAGCGUACGACCUUUUGGCUUUGCAAGGAACAGAAACACACAUAGUACCCAAAGCAUACUCAGAUCAAGUAGUACUACACAUUUUGCUGAAAACGACAAAGAUAAUUUAUACGUGUAUGAUUCUUUCGAGGAGUAAAUGGAAAGCACCUCUGGCUCUGCUUCUUCUGCGACGCCGGCACGAUGCAGUGCCGGGGGACUGGGACAGCAACGCCAGAACACAACUACAUGUACAAUCGCUUUAUUGUGGCUAUGAUCGAAGACGAUGAUAUGGAACAAUGGAUGCAUGAUGGGAAAAAUCGUGCGGCGGUUAGAAGCAAUGAAACAGAUGCAGCUUCAAGCGCGGACGACAUUGAAAUAAGCACUGCCACUGCAGAAAUUGAAAUUUUCCGACGAAUUGAGA